AUGAAAAAGUCGACUCUCGCAUAUGUGAUUGAUCAAUGGUCGGUGGUGCCCCCAGUGGAGACAGCUGAUCUAUCUGGGAAAACAGUUCUCGUUGUCGGCGCCAAUGUAGGCAUUGGACUCGAGGCGUCAAAACACUUCGCCCGUAUGCGAUCAGCGCGGUUGAUAAUUGCCUGUCGUAGUGAGGCUAAGGGGAAGGUCGCUUUGGGUGAAAUCGGACAAGAGAUCGGAUACAAUGGAUGCGAGCUCUGGACAGUCGACCUUGCCAACUUUGCAUCAAAGGAGGGCGGCGACCUGCUUAUCCUGGUCAUGAACGCAGCGAUCGCGUUACCCGAUUAUCAAUCCACCGCUGAUGGCUGGGAGACCAUACUACAAGUCAAUUAUCUGGCAACAUCAUUGCUUUCGUCGCUCCUCAUCCCGCAACUAGUUUCUGCGGGAAGAAAGUCUUUAACACCUUCACGAAUGGUGAUUGUAUCCAGUGGUGUCCUCUACUGGCUCACACCCGCAAAAGAGAUCAAGACUUCCUCGACACUUGAAACGUUGAGUGGUGCAUUCCCGAUGUUCAACUUCUUCUUUGUUCGUGCCUUGACGAGCAGAUUGCAAUCUGUCACACCACUCACUUCCGUAGCCGUGACGCCAGGAUUCUGUUAUUCACAACUACGUCGUGCCUGGUACGAGAAACCGACCUUUUCAUUUGUCAAAAUAGCGCUCGCUAUUCAGGAGCGUCUCCUGGCGUGGACGGCCGAACAAGGCAGCCGUCAGCUCGUAUUUGGGGCGGUGGGCGGACGAGACGAUGAAGAGAAUAUGAAAGGCGGGUUCGUAAGCCGUGGUCGCCUUGUGGAGGUCGCCGGCUUCGUGCUGAGCGACGAGGGUGAUGAAAUGCAGGACACUGUCUGGAAAGAGACGAUAGACAUUCUGACCGGCGUUUCUGACAAGAUUGGUCCAAUAGUCCAGGAUUAUCUGAUAGUAUCUGACUCGUUCAUAAAUUGACAUGUAUAUGUGAUGUGUCCGCAGAAUAGUGUGCGUCAUUUGAUAUAUUGUUCUUCGUGCUUGUCGACUCUUGCGAUCUUGUCUCCUUGAUGCCAGAAACAGCACAUCUGCAGCUCUA